AGAUGCUCGCGGUGGCCCUGCUGGCCGCCCUGGCCCUACAAGCCACAGUCGAGGGCGGCAUCGUGCAGUGGCAGUACUACGGCGAGUUCCCGCAGGUGAGGCUGAAGCAGGGGGAGCUCCAGGGGCGGCGGUACCAGUCUCCCGAGGGCGCCAAGUACAGCUCCUUCGUCGGUAUUCCGUACGCGCAGCCGCCUGUUGGGAGGUUGCGGUUGCAGGAUCCCGUGGCAGCUUCUGCGUGGGAGGGCGUGAGGGACGCCGUCGAUUUCCCCCCGAAGUGCCCGCAGGUGGUCGGGAAGGAGAUCGUGGGAGGCGAGGACUGUCUCUAUCUCAGUGUCUUCACUCCUGAAGCAAAGGCGGAGAGCGGCCACCCCGUCAUGGUGUUCAUCCACGGGGACGACUACCUCUUCGGGGGACUGGAGGACUUCCCGCCGCUGCCCCUCCUGAACCACCCGGUCGUGCUGGUCGUCCUCCAGUACCGCCUGGGCGUCCUGGGAUUCCUGUCGACGGAGGAUUCUUCUCUACCUGGAAACCUAGGAUUAAAGGACCAGACGCUGGCCCUCCGUUGGGUGCAGGACAACAUCCGGGACUUCGGCGGCGACCCGGGCGAGGUCACGCUCUUCGGGCAGGGCAGCGGGGCGCAGUCCGUCCACUACCAGAUCCUGACGCCGUAUUCUCGUGGACUCUUCUCCCGGGCCAUCCUGCAGUCUGGAUCCGCCCUCUGCCCCAAGUACUCGAGGGGCAGACACCGCGAGGUCGCCCUGCAGGUGGCCAAGGAGGCGGGCUGUGUGGAGAAGGACACCCUGCUGGACUGUCUCCGCGGCGUCCGGGUGGAGAAGCUCGUCCAUGCCUACAUACCCUUGCAGCUGUACACAGACCGGUACUUCUCGGUUUGCACAGACCACACAGCCAUGCUGCACGCCCAACAUGGCUCCAAGGUUUAUUUUUAUGAGCUCGAACACCGUGGCCUGGCCUCAAGCACAGACAUAUUCCAGCUUUUCUUCGAUAACAUGUGGGUAAGUCACGGAGACGACCUGCAGUACCUCUUCAGUAGUAGCAAUGGGUUCCCCUAUCUGAGGAUCAAGGACGACCUUUUGACGGGUGAAAUGAUCACGACGCUUUUG